ACUAUUAUGAUUCCAUGUAGAUGAAAGGUGCUACCAGUCUAACACUUUGGUACAUAGGAGGCCCAAAGCAAACCCCUUAUUUAGCUAACAUCUUGCAUUUCACAUAUACGCUAAUGUUUGCCUGAAAACAAUAAUUUAAAAAAAUGAAUAGUAAGUAAAGAGAAAUGCGAAGAGAUGGACUACAUCUUUUGACAGAGGAUUUUGGCUAUGAUUAAGCUUGACCUGAUGAUCAACAGUGAGGACUAGAGACUGCUCUCGGCUUCUGCUUUUCAGUCAAAAUUCAGUGAAAUUGGGCUUGGUGGAUAUUAUCUCUUUAGGUGGUCAGUAAAAAUAUGGGAAAUCUAACAUCCAAACCAGCUGAUCAGCAACCUUUGUUAGAUGAUACAGAUGAAGUCCCAGUCUUGGAAGAGAUCUCUGUUGUGCUUAUGGGUCAUCAUGGAGUUGGGAAGAACACAGUUGGGAAUGUUAUUCUUAAGAAGAAAGUCUUCACUUUUCAAGAUCGCUCUAAAGACUAUUACCUAAAGCAUGAAAACACAACAUCUGGCAGACAUAUUAGUGUGACUCGUGUACCAGGCUGGUCUACAGACUUAAACUCUGAAAAGAAUCGGCAACUUUGGCCAGUGAUUAAAGACAGUGUGCAGUCAGUUAGGGAAGGACCCCAUGUUAUUAUUCUGGUUGUUGAUAUGAACACUAAACCUGCAGAGAAAACAAAAGAGAAAUUAAAACAAAUCUUGGGUGAAAAUGUUAUGCAGCAUGUUUUAAUGGUUUCAGUGGAUUCCAAAAAAAUUGUGGUUUAUCACAGUGCAAGAAAACAAACCAUCAUUGACAGAUGUAAAUAUCACUUCUUUGCAAGAAGCACAUGUGAAAAACAAAAUGUGUUCAUUGAAACAGUUGAGGACUUUAUUGUAUAUAAGCAUGACAUUCGUUUCUAUGACAUGCUGAAGAAGGCGCCAAACCUUGAACUGCAGUGUCAGGAGCUGGCUGAACUAGUAGAUGGACUAAAACGCAAAUUAUCAGCUUUCUCUGUCAGCCUGAAUUCCAAAGAUCAGAAAAUAGGAGAACUGAAACGUCUGCUGAGAGAAAAAGAGGAUAUACUGAGAGCCAAGGAGGAAGAGAUAGUCAGGUUAAAGUCAAAUCACAGUGAAUACAUAAGGAUUGAACAGCUUGAAAAUGAAGUAAAGAGUGCAAAAAAGUUUCAACAAAAGAUGGAAGAAGAGCAUCAGAGACAGAUUGGAAAAAUGGAAAAAAUCAUUCAGGAAAAGGAUAAAGAAAUAGACAAACUGAAAAAAGAAAAUCAAGCACUGAAAUCUCAAAAUGAAAAGAAAAGACAAUCACAGGCAAAGACAUCAUCCAUGAGAUGGUCGAGGAAGAAGCAUACUAAGGAAGAAAAGUCUUAUGAAUUAAGUGAUAUGGCCUCAGCAGAAAUGCCGGAUGGUGAAGCCCAAGGUAGUGAAGUUCACAGAGGUGUGCAAUUUCUGAAGAAAAACCGCAACAGACUCAUUGAAAACAUUGUGGCGGUGAAGCCCAUUGCUGAUGACCUGCUUCCGUUUAUUAAGCGCCAUAAAUAUGACAGGAUUCUACAAGCUCCAAAUGAAUACGAGCAAAAAAGACAGCUUUUCGACAUAACAGAUAAAGGUGGAACAAAAUUGCAAGUAGAGCUCUACAACAGCCUUUUAAAGCAUGAGAAAUAUCUUGUUGAUGAUUUGGAGAAGCAAGAACAAUAGAAACACUGGUAAGCCUCAAGAAUGGAGAGAUUCAGUUUCUAAAAAGUCAUCAUUUCUUUUCUGGGGAAACAAACUCUUAAGGACCAGUGAGAUCAACAACUGCCUCAUUAUGAGAAUAUAAGGAAAUUGUGGAGGGAAAAGCAUAAACUGACUAUUAUCUAAGCAGAUUGUCUAAUUAAACUACCUAAUGUGACAAACUAAAAGCUUUGAACUGAAGACUUUCAAUGGCCUCUAAAAUACUUCCAAAACAACUAUGGAGUUGCAAAAAGUUCUUCAGUGAUCAUUCUUCCCUGGGUGAGACAACCGACUGGCUAUGCUCAUAACAUGUAAAAGACAUGAGGCACCUGGAAAACUGACUGUUUAUAGGAAAAAAAGUGCAUCCUUUUUUGCCUGCAUUGUUCUUAUCAGUGGUGGCCAUGCAUGCUGUGUGGGGGCAACUGAAAUUGGAUCAUGACAGAAGAACUCUGCUAACCAGCCUGCCUGUAUUAAAAUAGUAUAGAUAAUUUUGUGUUUUUGUCUGUAAUUGUGAAAAUUAUUAUUAUUAUUAUUAUUAUUAUUAUUACUACUAUUCUAUGCUGUUGGGUGUGAGAAUGUUCAUAAACACAUUACAUUUUACAGCAUCCCAAAGGUGUUCUAUUGGGUUGAGGUCAGGACUCUGUGCAGGCCAGUCAAGUUCCUCCACACCAAACUCACUCAUCCAUGUAUUUAUGGACCUUGCUUUGUGCACUGGUGUACAGUCAUGUUGGAACAGGAAGGGGUCAUCCCCAAACUGUUCACACAAAGUUGGGAGCAUGAAAUUGUCCAAAAUGUCUUGGUAUGCUUGGUACUCCAUUCACUGUAACUAAGGGGCCGAGCCCAACCCCUGAAAAACAACACCUGAAUUCAAUGAUUUGGAGGGGUGUGCCAAAACUUUUGGCAAUAGUGUACAUAAAUAUAAAGUAUAUAAAUAUAUUGAUGGAGACUUCAAACAGAAAGACAGUCUUUUCUAUCUUCAUGCACCUUUAGGUUCUGUUUAUAUGAAGUCCUCUUAAAUACUGUAUGCUAUUGAACAUGAGAGAUUAGAGUGGCUUAACAUGUUUACUGUAACUAUCACCAUUGGAACCAAAACUUUCCUUUUUUGUGGCUUUUCUGUUUGAGUGAGUUGACAUGAUUUGAUUUUUUUUUUCUUAAAAUUAUUUAAUACUUUUAAAUAAACAUCAAAGUAAAAGUCUGAGCCUUAACCAAUCACAUUUCAUUGACGGUGUCAGGAAUUUGAGGACAGGCCUAGUGAGAAAACUUGAACAUAAUCAAAGGGGCUGAACCCAAAUGCAGAUAACCAGGUCACAGUUCUGGAGAAAAGUUAACUUAUGUUUAAUUAGAUGAUAAUGCACAUCAAAUAAUCCACAAGACAUAUCCAACAAGCCAUCUUAAAAAAGAAUUGACAGUAGUUUCAAAGAAUAAAUCCCAAAAAUCCACAAGGUUAAUCCAAAAAGCAUACAAAGGUUCACAGGAGUCCAUUCAAAAAACAAAAAGUCAAUACUUCCAAAUGGUAAAUCCAAUUAGUCCACAAAAUAAAUCCAUAAAGCAUUCAAAAGAGCAUAAGUCAAGAAAUCAAAACAAGAAAUUAUACCAAAUGCACAAAGCAUCUUAACACUAAGGCCAUAAAACAGCGAAUGAGGCUGCUGAAGACUUGGUUAAGGCACAGGAAACACUGAGCAAAGUUCUUAGGACAAGGGUGACUUAAAUACGCAAACCUAAACACAGGCACAAGUGACACCUAUUAGACAUGUCAAUGCCAGAGACCAACAAAAAGGCAGUGGGGGCCUCUAGUGGCCAGAAAAGUCCACAACCCUGACAGAUAGUCCCCACACAACACUGCUUUUAGUUUGUAUUUCAUUUUAUUUAUUUAUUUAUUGUUUAAGCUUCUUACAGUUGCUUGGGUACUGUGACGAGUACAUAUUUUGGUCUGUCAUGACAAAUAGAACAGGGUUGGGCAUACGUUUUUAUCUUUAUUUUGACAAGUGGGGAAUCACUCUAACAAUGGGAUCAGAUAUGAUCUGAGCUGCUACAGAAUUAGAAUGCAGGCUUUUGAAUAUUAAAUUCCCCUCUGGUACUAGUUUUACUAGUUGGUCACAAAACAGCUAAGUUCUGACUGAUACCAACAGUAAGUUCUUGUAAAUUCUAUAGUAACUUUAAUACAUUAGGUUAAAAAAACAUAUGUUUAUUUAUUCACUUUAUCUAGCUCCCAAGAAAAGUAAGAAGAGUGCUGUGAGAAGAGAAAGGUCUUCAGCUGAGUUGUUUGCUCUAGAGACCCAAUCCACAUCUCAGGUGACCACAAGACUGAGAACCUGUGGUUUAAUAUGAAGAAGAAAGAAAUGUGCAAAUGGGACAAACAGUGAUGAUCAUUCAUUGGUCAGUGGGAUCAGUGGAGGUCAGUGGGAAUUUUUGUUGGGCAGAAGUAACUCAGUAGUUAAGACAUUGGACUGCUGACUGGAUGGUUGAGAGUUUCAGUCCCAACACCAUCAAGUACUCACUGAAUAAGAGUGAAUGAUUCAAAUUCCAGAACCUGUUUUGUAAAAUACCUUCCUGUUAAUUUUCCUUGAAUUUUACAUGGCUUUCAUUUUUUUGUUUGUUGCUUUUUCUGUCUACAAUGGGUACUGAGAUGGGGACAAUCUGAAGGGUAAUCAGGGAGUAUCUAUAAAAUAUUGACAUGAGGCACAUGAAAACAUAUAAAAUCAUUUUGAGCUGUAACAGUUUUUUCUAGAUUUUUAUCGUUGUUUUUUUUUUAGUUUUUUAACGUAACAGGUUUUCUCAAUCACACAAAAUCUUUAGAACAUUUUUAAAAUCAUGUUCUAAAAUGUUGUAUUUGUUUGUACAAGUAAUUUGUUUGUAAAGUAAAGAAAUAAAUUUUUUUUAAAUUUGGACCAUUGCCAUGUGCAACAAACAGGUUACACAGGUUACAGAAGUGAAAGCACAGAUAACUGAAAGUUUGGACGCAGACAAAGAGGUGUUAUCUUUUAGAGUCUCAAGAAAAAUCUAAACCUUAAAAAUGAGUGAGUAUUUUGAGUUUUAAUUUGUUCACCUACUGUAAUUUGUAAAACAUUAUUUAUCUGUAUGAAUCAGACUGAAGAAAUAAUGAUAAACUUUGUUUCAGGGAUUUUGUUUCUGUGUGUGACUUUCCUGAUUCUUUUCAGCUUUAUGGAAUCUCAGUCAGAGCAUUUACAUGUAGUUGGUGCAGAAGCUACUCUUGUUGCAGUAGCUGGUGAAGAUCUGGUUCUGCCCUGCUUCAUCAAACCCAACACC